UCGCUUGUCCCAGUUCCUGUGGCAGACGGCUCCGUUCAGUGGGACGCAGUUGAGCUGGGCCCUGUGGAUGAACCUCCAGUCAGCAAAUCGGGUGAAGCUGCCCCCAGGGACGAAGUGGUUGCUGGUGUCACACUUGCACAUCACCUUGAGUGCCUUGGCGUGGUCCGGCUUCCGUUUCAUGUUUUCCACGUAUUGGCAGUGGAUGGCAUCCUUCAGGGUCCUCUCUAGCAUGGUUCUAGCUGUUGGAGUGAUGAUAGUGUGAUCUGUAUUCUUUACCUGUGGCACCAGGACUCCCAGCUCCUGGCAUUCCUUGUAUCAUGUCCAGUGGCAGCUGAUACACUUCUCCAGUUGUCAUGUAGCAUUGCGGGCACAAGUUCAGAGAGAAGCAGUCUCCUCUGUCUCUUCCAAAUUCACCUUCCCGCGAGCUGCUCAGGUAGGUGGUGACAUCUUGGUUGGAGAGGGUCCUGGUGAUUCACUUCUUGAUGGCAUCCUGCAGAGCACUCUCCACGAUGUUCCUCACCGUAGCAUCCAGGCAUGUCAGAAGGCGGAAGGCAUGAAUGAUCACGGCAACGUCGCACAGAUCACCCAUUCGAGGGAUGUUGGCACCACCCUGCCUGUGCAAGAUGUACACCAGUUCAUUGCUGGUGUUUGGGGAAGAAACAUCCACUUCUUCACCAGCUGCCAGUAGUGUUGUCUGCCUUGUUCAGAGGUACCUUCGCCAUGGCAGAUCCCCUCAGGACAAAUGAGAUACAGGGGAUCAGGAAGGUGUUCAAGGCGUUGAUCUUCUGCCACGGUGUCAGUAGGGAAGAGUCGAUCCUGGCCACCUCUCUUGGGAUCACCACGAUGGUAUCCUCAGGUGUCUGUUGGACGCAGAAACCCAUCAGCUUGCUGAGAUGUUGGUACACUUGCCUGUCCUCGAGGAAGAUCAUGGGUUCACUCUGGAUCUGAAAAGACAUAGCCUGGACCAAAUCCCUUCUACUGCCAUUGAUAUGCAAGGAUGCACACUUCCUGGCACUGAAGCGGAGUCCCAUCUAGUUGGCAGCCUGGCUGGUGGUAUCAAGCAUUUGUUGGAGACUCUCGGGGUUGUCUGCAGUCAGGACCAGAUCAUCUGCAUAGGCCAGGGUGUCAUGUGAUCAGAGUUAGGUGGCAGCAGGAGUUGAAAUGCAUUCCAGUCACACAACUGAAAAUGGACCUGACCCCAAGGUAGUUAUACAGUUGAUCAAGAAGCAGUUGGUGAGUUCCAUCAAGGGACUGCAGAAACAGUAUGUGACCUCUGAUGCCGUUGUAACCAGUGACACUGACGAUGCUAAUGCCCUGUGCUGUGCACUAGAGGCUGUGUUUGUGCAUGGACUGAAGGCGAAGUACAUAAAAACAGACGCUGGAGGAAAAGUGAAAAAACCAUGUGGCCGUGCACCUCUUCCCCAGCCUGUCUUCUGGGGCUUGCUGAAAACCAUCACGCACAGAAACAUCAUUUUAGAGCUGGAACAGUUAAGUUUUAUCAGCACUGACGUGGGGCGCUGCCGUGCCUGGUUAAGGCUUGCCUUGAACGAUGGCCUCAUGGAGUGUUAUUUGAAGUUACUGCUUCAAGAGAAGUCCAGGCUGCCUGAGUAUUAUCAGACAUCAGCCCUGCUUCUGGAUGCAGAGGAAUGUGAAUUUCUGCUUAGCUUCUUGCAGGGGUUAACUUCCCUGACCUUCGAAUUGUCCUAUAAAUCAGCAGUUUUAAAUGAAUGGACUGUGACUCCCUUGUCCCUGUCUGGUCUUUGUCCUGUUUCGGAGCUUCUGGAGUAUCUAACAUCCUCCAGUUCUGAAUCCCAGAGAAAGGAGUCCCUGGGUUUGGUCUCUCGUUCUUCGGGAUCUGAUGAUAUUGAAGUUCAACCCAGCACAUUGGCCCUCAGCAAAAAUGAGGACAAAAGUAAACGUACGUGCUCCACGCUAAGCCUUAACACUAUGAGUUCAUCCCAGCUGUCCUCCAGCCUUGGCUCUGAUGGCCUCCUGCAGGCCAGCUGCACUAGAAGUCCUGAUAGGUGUGAGGAACCCCUGUCGUGUGACUCAGAUUUAGGGACAGCAAACGCAGAGGAUUUAGACAGAUCUCUGCAAGAGGUAUUGUCUGAAUUCAGACAAGCACAGCAAGUCUCUGAACCUACCGAAGAACCGCUCCUUCCUAAUCUAUUGGCACCUGCCCCAUUGCAGCCCGCACUUCCUCCUGCCAUCUCCAGAGCCUCUCACCUGCAUUUAAACGUAACAGCGGAGAGCACUCUUUGUUCUGCACCGCUUCCUGACACCGAUAACCCACAGUCCAUCCGGGCGGAAGAUCUAGCUAAGGCCAGCAAGAUACCAGAUCCUCCUUCACAGGUUACGGGAAUCCAGUUGUUGUCUCAGCCAAUCAUAACACACAAUGGUGCAGCAGACAAAGAUUCAUCCCAACAGCUUUACAUUAUUAACCCAGAGGAUAAAGAUGGAACCAGUGAGAUAAAUGGUGAUAAGAAAAGCCAAGAGGAUCUCAGCCCAGUGACAGAAUUCUUUCUUUCACCAGCAACAGCUUGUCCAAAAAGAAGGAGCUGGAUAUCAGAAGACGAUUUCUACAGGCCUUCUCCAGAAGGGAGCAGUAAAGGCCUAACUGAUUCUUAUGGGUCCUCUCUUGAGGGGGCCAGAGAAGGCCAGUCCGCAGAACUGAUCAGUGCACUCGGUUUGGAGCGACCCCUCUUAUCCUCUUCAAAGACUGGGAAGCCCAAGCCAUCCCCUGACCAGGAACAAAAGGGCUUCCAUGUUGUUCAUCGCAGGCAGAUCGGUCUUUCCAAUCCAUUCCGAGGCCUCCUGAAGCUGGGCAAUCUGGAGAGGAGGGGAGCAAUGGGCCUCUGGAAAGAGUUCUUCUGUGAGUUAUCCCCGCUGGAGUUCCGCCUCUUCCUGGACCACGAAGAGCGGAUUUAUAGUGAGAAUUACUCUCUGCUGCGAUGCGAGUCACAGGGGCUGGUUCACAGUGACGGCCGCUUUGAGCUGGUGUUCUCUGGUAAGAAACUGUGCUUACGAGCGCCUUCCCGAGAUGAAGCUGAGGACUGGCUAGACAGGAUACACGAGGCUCGAUGCAAGUGUCGGCCUCAGCAAGAGGAGGAAUGGGAGACACUUGAAUGUCCAGAAGACGACCUUGAAGGACACACAAUUGGAGUGUUGCUCGGUGACUCAGCUGCUUUGCUCCAGUACAGCAAUGGAGCUGGAAAUGCCUGUGAUUGGACGUCUUCUCUUGCACCAGAAUUAGAUGCCAUUAAAGAAUCGGUUCUUUAUAUGGAUGUAGAUAAAGCUUGGGCUCCUUUUAUUUUUUCCUUGUCAUUAGAAGCUUUAAAAUGCUUUAAAGUAAAAAACAAUGAAAAAACAUUAAGCAACAGCUAUGGAAUAGAGACAAUCCAAGACAUUCUUCCCGACACGAGUCUUGGUGGGCCUGCGUUUUUCAAGGUGAUAACCUCUAAAGCCAUCUUGAAGCUGCAAGCUGAGAGUGCUGAUGCCGCCGCAGCAUGGAGGGGGCUUGUUCGUAGAGUAUUAACCUCAUAUCUUGAAACUGCAGAGGAAGCCCUGACACUUGGUGGCAAUUUGGAUGGGAAUUCUCAGGCAAUCUUGAAAAACACUGUAAAGGAAAAUGGCUUUUUCUUACAAUAUCUGGUGGCCAUCCCCAUGGAGAAAGGACUGGACUCCCAGAGCUUCAUAUGUGCAGGUUGCUCCAGACAGAUCGGACUCAGUUUUGUGAAACCCAAACUUUGUGCAUUCUCUGGCCUCUAUUACUGUGACAGCUGCCAUCAGGACGACGAGUCUGUGAUUCCAUCGCGCCUUAUCCACAACUGGGACUUGACUAAAAGAGCAGUUUCUCGACAAGCUUUAAAAUUUCUGAAUCAAAUCCGCAUUCAACCUUUAAUCAAUCUGAAAUUGGUGAAUGAAAGCCUGUAUGCUCAUGUGGAGAGGAUGAGUCGAAUCUGUAAAAGCAGAGAACAGCUGAAACUACUUGGUGAUUACCUUAUAAUGUGUCGCAGUGGGGCCCUGAAGGAGCUGAGCAAACGACUGGGUUAUCGGGACUAUCUCUUGGAAUCACCCCAUAAAUACAGUGUCGCUGAUCUGAGACAGAUAGCCGAUGGCAUAUUUGAAGUGUACCUGCAAUCUCUGAUCCAGUUUGCUUCCCACCAUGUCUAUAACUGUGACCUCUGUACCCAGCGGGGUUUCAUCUGUCAGAUGUGUAACCACAGCAGCAUCAUUUUCCCCUUUGAGUUCGACACAACCACCCGAUGCAGAGAUUGUAAAACUGUCUUCCACAGGUGCUGCCAAGACAGCAUGAAAUCUUGCCCCCGCUGUGAACGCCGGCAGAAAUACCAGCAACAAUUGCAAGCGGAUGUCCUCAUGGAACCAAAUAUGUAGUGAGCAGCUUCUCACAGGUGGACUCUACACAGGCCUUUGCUCAUCUGCAAACUUGUGACCUGGACACUGUGCAAAGGAAGGGAAAAGGGAGUGCAUGCCAAGUGCCAUUCAGUCCUAGAAAAUACAUUCCUACCACUGGUUGGAGCAGCUCCUGCGUGCAGAUGUUCACCAGGGUAGGAAUAGCCUAAACUGUACAGUGCUGUGAGGAUGCCUAGGACAGGUGCAUCUCCUCAUGUACAAGCAGAGGAUACUGUUCCUGUGGGUGCUGAAAAGAGAGCCAAUGAAGUAAAAGCCUGCUGGAAAAGAUCAGUGACUCGCAAAGUAAUGGUGCUUUUAUUCACACUACCUGGUGCUGCUUAUUUUUUGCUGAAUGUCCCUCCCUGCGAAAGAAGUGUGUUCCAUUUACUGAGCUCCACUGGUUCCCAUCUUAGAGGAGAUACUACUUGGGAUGGAAAUCUGAUAGAUUUCCUGUGUGUAAAUCUACAAGGUUUGCAGUGGAAUGCCUGUAACAGAAGUAUGUUAAAGGUAUAGUUUUUUAGGAUAUUCGCAAUACUGGAAACCAGAAUUUUUCAUAUGUGACUUUGCACAGGAACUGCAUCUCACCUGCUUGGGAAAUAAACAUAGCAGCUACCUGCAGCCAAACUGCAGGGGAACUUUUCAAGAAAAACAAAAACAAAACCUGAAGCUGACAUGAAGCUCUUGUGCCUUUAACACUUUGUCCACAGUGGCUGCUUGGUCCUGCUGUUUUUGUGCCAUGUGCCAAAUGGCUGGGGUAUACUGUGUAAGACGAGAUGUCCAGAAGUCCCCCUGUGAGAGGAAAGACCAUUCUUCUCUUCUGCAGAGAAACCUUGGGCUCUUCCACAUCUAGCAUCCACCAAGAAAAGAGGCUUUUUAAAUAGCAAAACAAAAAACCCAGAUCCUCCUGGGCUGCUACUUUUUAUUUCUUGGCCAAUAAUGAGGCUGCUACUAGAUUUUAUUUUCCUUUCCCUCUGAUAUGGAGAUUAUUAGAGUCUAUCUAAUAGGGAAUAUGUCCUUUGUGAAGGUUGCUCCUCUUGCUAGUGGAUUAUGGAAAAAGCUUUAGACUGGUCUGGAAUCCAGUUUCUACAUUCUCAGUGGAAACACCUGCACAGUGAAGAAAUAAAUUGGCCUACAGCAUGGUAUUAUGUUAA